UCUGCUCGUUCAGCUCGUGCGACACACUUGCCUUGAACACAUUUGCUUACAGCGACGAGUUAUACCCCCCUGGAUUUUAAAACAUCUGCUCUGCAGGUGUCGCCUUACAGACUGUGUUGGUGUAAAAUCCUCAAGAUUGCGCCUAACGGAAAUCACACGUUUUCCUGCAUUCCUCUCUGGAUUUUAGAGGAUAUUAAAGCCUAUAUUAAGAAAUCGGCAAACAGAAAAGCCAACGUGAAUAGCAGUGAAGUUCCUAUAUCAAAAGUAACAAUGAAGGACGACAGAAACCCUUGCCAAAGUGGGCCACUUCGAGUGGCUGUGUUAGGAGCUGGUGAAGUGGGAAAGUCUGCGCUCACCGUGAGGUAUCUUACCAAAAGAUUCAUCGGGGAAUACAGAUCUGACACCGAUAUGCUGUACAAGUGCGUCCUGCAGGUGGACGGGACGCCGCAGCCAGUGGAGAUCAUGGACACCUCCGCCAGCUGCGACGAGUCCUCUGACGCUCACCUGCAGUGGGCCGAGGCCUUCGUUGUUGUCUACUCCGUCACAGACAAGGAAUCCUAUAGAUGGGCCGCUAGCACAAUAGAGGAGUUAACAAACCGAAGAUCCUCAGCGUGCGUAUUGAUGCUGGGGAACAAGAGCGACCUUGGUCACCUCCGAGAAGUCGAGGAGGUAGAAGCCAGGUCGCUCGCACUCACUCACGCCGCCCGCUUCUCGGAAGUGUCCACGGCGGAGAGCUGCACGCCCGUCGCUGAAGUCUUAGAUAAUUUCCUGAAGGAGGUCAAGUCUCAGCGCAACGGGAGCAACAACCAGAACGGAGGAUCGCCCAAACUGCGAAAGAUUUCCGUCACGAAAAUGCUCGGAUCCCUCAUCGGCCGGAGUUCGCCGCCCCCAACACCCAUGACCCAUCUGAUCAUCCUGGACAAGGAGGAGAGGAGCAAGCUACAGCCAGCCAUGAGACGGUUAUGUCGGCCGUGUCUGCGGCCCGCCCACUCCCUUCCCUGCUCCCCCCACACGGCGGUGUGAGACCCCGCCGUCGGAAGCCCUCGGCCCCUCCUCCGUCUUCGCCAACAUUCCUUGACAUCGU